GCUCCCGCCCUCGUCGCCCGGUCAUGGGUCUCGGGCGCGAGGCCACACUGUCUGCGGCGUGACGGGCGGCUCAGAUGGUCAGCAUGGGCCAGUGCUACUACAAUGAGACGAUCGGCUUCUUCUACAACAACAGCGGCAAGGAGCUCAGCUCCCACUGGCGGCCCAAAGACGUGGUUGUGGUGGCACUGGGGCUGACUGUCAGCGUACUGGUGCUGCUGACCAACCUGCUGGUCAUCGCGGCCAUCGCCUCCAACCGUCGCUUCCACCAGCCCAUUUACUACCUGCUUGGCAACCUGGCCGCAGCUGACCUCUUUGCCGGUGUAGCCUACCUCUUCCUCAUGUUCCACACAGGCCCGCGCACAGCCCGGCUCUCACUUCAGGGCUGGUUCUUGCGGCAGGGCCUGUUGGACACGAGCCUGACGGCGUCCGUGGCCACACUUCUGGCCAUCGCCGUGGAGCGGCACCGCAGUGUGAUGGCCGUGCAGCUGCACAGCCGCCUGCCCCGAGGCCGGGUCAUCAUGCUCAUCGUGGGCGUGUGGGUGGCCGCGCUGGGCCUGGGGCUGCUGCCCGCCCACUCCUGGCACUGCCUCUGCGCCCUGGACCGCUGCUCGCGCAUGGCCCCCCUGCUCAGCCGCUCCUACCUGGCCGUCUGGGCCCUGUCCAGCCUGCUCGUCUUCCUGCUCAUGGUGGCUGUCUACACUCGCAUUUUCUUCUAUGUGAGGCGGCGGGUGCAGCGCAUGGCAGAGCAUGUCAGCUGCCACCCCCACUACCGUGAAACCACGCUCAGCCUGGUCAAGACUGUUGUCAUCAUCCUGGGGGCGUUUGUGGUCUGCUGGACACCGGGCCAGGUGGUGCUGCUCCUGGAUGGUCUGGGCUGCAAGUCCUGCAACGUCCUGGCUGUGGAGAAAUAUUUCCUACUCUUAGCCGAGGCCAACUCGCUGGUCAACGCCGUGGUGUACUCAUGCCGAGAUGCUGAGAUGCGCCGCACCUUCCGCCACCUCCUCUGCUGUCUGUGCCUUCGCCAGUCCACCCACAAGUCUGUUCGCUACGCACCCUCCACCCAGACAGGCACUAGCACUCGCAUCAUGCUUCCUGAGAAUGGCCAUUCCCUGAUGGACUCCACCCUUUAGCUAACCUUGGACUUCAGCAGGGUACAGCAAA